CGCCCGCCCUGCAUCACACGCGCUCUAAAUAGUAUCCGCCCAGUGUGCGGCUUGUCGUUCCGUCGUAGUCGCGGUUAGUCACCGCAAUAGCAAAUUUGUCAUACGACGCCGUGCCGCGCGUUCGUUUUAUUAUGCGCGAAAUUGAAACACUAUGUCCCUUCCGCCGCAUCUUCCGAUCUCCAACAAUGAUAACGAGUAUGUACACAUACGUAGCCUGAUCGCAAAUAUACAUAGACCCAAGAAUGUCUCGCGGCCCCCGACCUCGCCGUUUGAGAACGGAGCAGUGCUGGAGGUCGUUCAAGAAUCGCCAACUUCUUCGGAUACGGAACGCAGCGGUUCAGAGAUCUCGGAGAGAUCAGGGUCCGAGAGGUCGGAGAACGUGGACGGUGAUGUGACGCCGACGAAGCGUGCAAAGAGCAACAGUUUUGCAGGAUCGAUGCUAGCCCCCACGAUGCCGCAUCACCCCAAACGGCGGAGACCAUCUUUCUUGCACCUGAACGUGAGCGCAGACAACACGGAGCACCUGGGGCCGGCGUCCGCGAGUGCGCACCUCACCGUGCCCAAGUUCACGGUGACCGCGCCUCCCGGGGAGCACCACCGCCGCUUCAGCCAUGGAUUCGCAGGGUUCCAUGGAUUUGCCCUGCGUCGACAUUCUAAUACGAGCCUCCACCGCAGUGAGUCGAUGGUGUCGCUGGCGUGCUUCAAGACGCUCUCGCAGCUUGCGACCGGCGACACCAGCGCCACCGCCGAGCUGCAGCAGUUCCUCAACUCUAACAAGAACAUCAACAUUGACGACAGAGACGAGAAUGGCACGACAGCGCUCAUGUGUGCGAGCGACAACGGGCGAGCGGGAGCGGUCCGGUUGCUGCUGGGAGCGGGCGCGGACGCGGCUGCCGCCGACGCGGACGGUUGGACGCCCCUGGCUUUCGCGGCCCGCGGCGGUCACCUCGCCGUUGUCAAGGACCUACUUGACGCCGGGGCUAAAGUCGACUCGAGGGACUGUGGUGGAUGGACUCCUCUGAUGUGGGCUUCCUAUAAAGGACACGAGGAAGUAGUCGCAUACCUUCUGGAGAAAGGAGCUGAUGUACAUGCACAUGGCAACUAUAAUAUUAAUUCAUUAGUAUGGGCAGCGGGUCGCCGUCACAGUGGAGUAGUGCAAAGAUUGCUGGCAGCUGGCGCGAGGGCGAACUCUUGCGACAAAUAUGCAACCUCGGCGUUGACGUGGGCGGCGAGAGCGGGCGAUGUGACCGCGUGUGCUGCGUUGUUGCGGGCGGGCGCGGACGCCAACACCGCGGGAAUGUAUUGCUGGACGCCGCUCUUACAAGCGACGCAUGGCAACCACUUCGAAAUAGUACAAAUGCUAUUGGAGCACAAGCCCAACGUUAACGCGUUAGACAAGGAUGGAUAUACAGCGCUUGCGAUCGCAUGCAAAGAGGGGUUCUAUGAUAUAGCGGUCGCUCUCAUCAACUCCGGAGCUUAUAUUAACGUUCAGGACCACUCAAAAGACACGCCGCUGAUCCAUGCAGUGAAAGGUGGGCACAAGAACAUAGUGGAAGCGUUGCUGAAGAAGCACGUAGACGUGGACCUCCCGGGCAAGGAGAAGAAGACCCCGGUGUACACUGCCGUGGAGAAAGGGCACGUCGCUAUACUGAAGCUGCUGUUGGCGUCUAACCCUGAUUUGGAACACAGCACUGUUAGCGGCGACACUCCUCUAAUGCGCGCCGUGCGUUCGAGAAAUGCUGAAAUGGUGCAGCUGUUGUUGGAGCGGAAGGCGCGAGUCAAUGUGGCCGACAACAGAGGCGAUACCGCUUUACAUGUGGCCAUGCGCGCGCGCUCUAAGCAAAUCGUAGAAAUCCUUCUCAGGAACCCAAAGAACAGUCAACUUCUAUACAAGCCGAACAAGUUAAAAGAGACUCCAUACAACAUCGACAUGAGUUACAACAAGACGAUACUGGGCCAGAUCUUCGGCGCGCGCAAACUGAACACGAAUGAGGACAACGAGAAUUUGUUGGGAUACGAGUUGUAUAGCGCGGCGUUGGCUGAUAUGUUAUCAGAGCCGAGUUUGUCUGUGCCUAUCACUGUGGGGCUGUACGCCCGGUGGGGUUCCGGGAAAUCUUUUUUGCUCAAUAAACUCAAAGAGGAGAUGAAGAACUUCGCCCGGCAGUGGAGCGAGAGCGGCUGGUCGUGGUCGUGGGCGGUGUGGUGGACGUCGUGGCACGCGGCGCUGGCGGUGGCGGCGCUGGCGGCGCUGGCCGGAGCGCCCGCCUACGUCGCCGUGGCCGUAUGCUUCGCGCUCUUCAUCGCCAUAUACCUCGCAUUCUACAUGCUGUGGUUCUUAGGCAACAAAUACGAAUGGUGGUGGGCGGGCGGCAUGCUCUCCACAAUGGGUCAGAAGUUCAACUCAUUACUGUUGGUGUUACAAGUGGUAUUCUGCCACCCGCCCGGACCCAACGACCCAAGGGCCUUGCCCGCUACACCAAUAAGAUUCCACUUCACAGAGGGCAUGAAGAGCACCGGCGGGCAAGAAGGAGAAGCGAUGGUGGUGCAGAUGCUGGGGUCAUUGGCCGAGGCGCUGGAGUGCCAGUACGGACGCGUGUGCACGCGACUCGCGAGGGCUUUCAGACCCAAACCCGUGUCCAGUACUUCCAGUUGGAAAUGGCGCCGCAUGUGCUGCGUGCCGCACAUCGUGACGUUUGAGCUGUGCUUCCUGUGUGCGCUCGUCGGUCUGUGUGUCCUCGUGCUGUUCCUCACAGACAAGGAAUAUGAUCAACAGCGGCGUGACGUGCAGCAAGGAGUGUUGUUCAGCUGCGCGGCGGUGUGCGGCGUGGCGCUGCUGGGCAACCUCAGCUCGCUGGUGCUGGUGCUGGCGGCGCUGACGCUGGCGCCGCGCGCGCGGCUGCGGCGCGCCGUCCGCCGCGGCCGGGACGCCGCCACCAUCAAGCUGAGGCCCGAGGUGCAGGCGCUCACUAACAUGGUUUCUUGCUUAGACGCAUUCACCGGACAGCAGACCCGGCUAGUGGUGGUCGUGGACGCGCUCGACAGCUGCGAACAAGAGAAAGUUCUCGCCCUCCUCAACGCCGUACACGCUCUCUGCUCAGACCCGAAGAGCCCCUUCAUACUGCUGCUGGCCAUCGACCCCCAUAUUAUAAGCAAGGUUGCUUGGAUGGAGGCCGUGGAAAUAAACAGUCGGCGUGCGUUUUCUGAAAGUAACAUCGGAGGGUGGGACUACUUGCGCAACAUGGUGCAGCUUCCCUUCUACCUCCAGAACUCUGCGCUGCGGCGCGUGAAGACAGCGCAGGCCACCGCCGCGCGGCGCAUGCAGGCCAUUGCUGCGGACGAGUUCAGUGCUUCGCUGCAGAGAUCUGUAUCAGCUCGCCGUCUAUCAUCAACUUCAGAGCUUAUGUCAAGUCAGGAACGCAUUAAGAAUCAGCCAAAUAAGGACCCCGGCGGUGGGGGGGCCUCUGCCGCUCGGACGCGGAGACUUCGCCCUUCAGAUUCCCUGGCGUCGUCAGUCGCUUCAGGGCUUCACAGGACAGGCGUAGCGCCCUCUGGCGCUGCAGAUCUGGGGAGAGUGCUCUUGACAGACGAUUACUUUAGCGAUGUCAACCCUAGGAGCAUGAGGAGGCUGAUGAACGUGCUGUAUGUUACUGGUCGUCUCCUGAAGGCGUUCCAGAUAGAGUUCAGCUGGUACCAGCUCGCGUCAUGGGUGAACAUGACGGAGCAGUGGCCCUUCCGCACCUCCUGGAUCAUCUACCACCACGAGACCUACGAGGACCACAUUGACGACUCUACUUCGCUCAAACAUAUCCUGGAGAAGGUUAAGCCUCAAAUAAGCAGCAUCCGCGAGGCCAGCACGCUGCUGGAGCUGGACCGCGACGAGCGCAAGCUGGAGGUGUUCCUCAGCUUCCACCGCGCCACGCUCACCGCCGCCGACCUCAAGGUCUUCCUGCCCUUCACCAUCAACCUGGACCCCUACAUCAAGAAGGUCAUCAAAGAGGAGCAGCUACAAUCAGGCGCGGAGGAGGAAGCCGUGAUAGGAGUCAUGCCUUGGGGCACGCCGCAGCAGGCAGCCCAGCGACAUCCCCAUUCCAAACUCUUUCACAGGAAGCAUCGUUCCUCCCCGCCAAAUUCAUCUGUGCCAGCGGGCCCCGUAGGUCAAGUGCACAGCGUGGGCCCGGGCGGGUCCCCGGUGUGGGUGGGCUGGGCCAACACGGGCCCCAGCUUUUUAUCCACGAUGCCCCAGGCACAGCAAACGCAAUUCCAACAGACCAACCCGUAUAACAUGCUGAGGUCGGCCUUCCCUGGAUUGAACGACACGUCGAACAUCCGUUUGUCCCAACUGAGCGUGGAGCGCGUGUGCGCGGUGGUGCGCGAGGCGCUGUGCGGCGGCGGCGCGGCCGCCAGCGCGGCGCUGCAGCGGCACCGCGUGUGCGGGCUGGCGCUCUCCGUCUGCCGGCUGGCCGACCUGCAGCCGAUUUUAGAUCUGCCGUUCGGCGAUUGGGAACUAUUCAAACUCCUCAUUAUCAAUCUUCGCGAACUAGAAGCUAACAUGCCGACGAGCGCACCCACCGUCACAGUAAUAACCGACAAAGCGGCUGAGACAGAACCAGACAAUGUCAAACCGAGGCCGGCUUUGGAACACCAAAGAAGCAGACCAUCUAAUGUUGAGAAACAGCCUUACGCGGAAUACCAGGUGACUCUAGAAGAGCAGAUGAUCUGCGGCGCGCUGCAGACCCUGAACGAGGAGGCGCUGGAGGACGUGCUGCAGUCGGAGCCCCCCCCGCCCCCAGACGAGGACAGCACGCUGCAGCUGUUGGCGUGUGCCCCCGUUAGCCCUCCCGCGCUGCGCCGCGACGGCGUGCUGAAGACCGGCUCCGUGCGGCGCCGCGACCCCCCCGCCGUCACCUUCAACGUCGAGAACGAGGAGGACUCCGACGACGACGGCCGCCUCGCCUUCAGCGCGCGCCCCCGCCGCCCGCGCCCCGCCUCGCUGCUGGCGGCGGACGAGGCGCCCCCGCCGCGUCCCGCCGCCCGCUCCCGCUCCGCCGAGGACUCCACCCGCGCCGAGCCCACCGACCCCAAGCUGCGCUCGCUGCGCCGCACCGCCGACAUCCUGCGCAAGGUGAGCUCCACGGAGCGGCUCUCGAAGCUGAAGGACAAGAUCAUGGCCCGCGAGUGCACUCCGCCGCGCGACGAGCCCAGCGACGACGAGUCGGCGCCGCUCGUGUCGCCGGCGACGGCUGCGCCCGCGUCGCCCGUCGCCGCGUCGCCGCGCUCGGAUGUGACGGAGCUGGAGUCGCCGCGCGCGGCCGACUUCGACCUGCUGCCGGCGGGCAAGCGCGGCGCGGGGCUGGCGGCGGAGCCCUACGACCUGCGGCAGCUGGCGCCGGGCGCGGACGCGGGCCGGGCGCUGUGGCGACAGGACGCGCUGGACGCCGGCCCGCCCUGGCCCUGGGACGAGCCCGACUCCGCCGUCUGAGACCGCGCGGUCCCGCUCCCAGGAAUCGAUUUCAGAUUUAUCGAUAUGCUCGUUCAUGACAGAAAUGCUCUUCGAUAUGCGAUAUUAUAUAUCUUAUUAUUGCGAUUAUCGUGCAAUGCUGUGAUGAAUUCCAAGAUUUGUAGGCUAUGUUUAUAUUAGCUUCAUGAUGAGCUUUAUAGUAAGCAAUAAAAUGGCUUUUAAGUAGUGACAAUAUUUUAAAUUAUAUAAGAAUUGAAAUCGAAUAUAAUCGACAUCUAAAGUUUACGUACCUACUGCCUAAAAUUAUAUUCACGAACAAAGUUGGUACGAGUUAUGUACUUACAUUUACAUCACUUAAUAAUUGUUAUUGAAGUAGAUAAUGUAGAUAGGUACUUAAUUUCUAUGAAAAGGAUUAUAUUGCAUUUAAAUGUAAUGAAUUUACCCGAAAUUGUGAUAUUAUAUCCUUAAGUAUGACAAUAUAUUUUGUUCAGAUUU